UCGUGCUCAGCCUGCCGCGCCGCGCUCGGUGCAGCUUCGGCCGCCGCGCUGCCUGGCUUUCGUAUUCCUUGUUCUCGGCGGGCUUUGGGGGCUUCGCGCCGCGGCCGUUAGUCAUGUCGGAUUCUGGAAGUUAUGGUCAGUCUGGGGGUGAGCAGCAAAGUUAUUCCUAUGGAAAUCAAGGCAGCCAAGGCUAUGGACAAGCAUCACAAAGCUAUUCUGGCUACGGGCAAACGACUGAUUCCUCGUAUGGACAGAGCUAUGGUGGCUACCCUAGUUAUGGACAAAGCCAAUCAGGUUAUUCACAGUCCUACAGUGGUUAUGAAAAUCAAAAGAGCUCAUAUGGUCAGCAAUCUUAUAAUAACCAGGGACAGCAAAACACGGAAUCAUCAGGAGGCCAAUGUGGAAGAGCGCCUUCAUACAGCCAGUCAGACUAUGGUCAGCAAGAGUCGUAUGACCAGCAAUCAGGCUAUGAUCAACACCAAGGCUCAUAUGAUGAGCAAUCAAAUUAUGAUCAACAGCAUGAUUCCUAUAAUCAAAACCAGCAGUCCUACCAUUCGCAAAGGGAAAACUACAGCCACCACACACAAGAUGACCGUCGUGAUAUGAGUAGGUAUGGAGAAGAUAAUAGAGGAUAUGGCGGGUCACAGGGAGGAGGUAGAGGGCGUGGGGGAUAUGACAAGGAUGGAAGAGGUCCUAUGACAGGGUCAAGUGGUGGUGACCGCGGUGGCUUCAAAAAUUUUGGUGGUCACAGGGAUUAUGGGCCCAGACCAGAUGCUGAUUCAGAAUCUGAUAAUUCAGAUAACAACACAAUCUUUGUGCAAGGACUUGGGGAGGGUGUGUCUACUGAUCAAGUAGGGGAGUUCUUUAAGCAAAUAGGAAUUAUCAAGACAAACAAGAAGACUGGAAAACCAAUGAUAAAUCUUUAUACAGACAAGGACACGGGAAAGCCAAAAGGGGAGGCAACAGUGUCAUUUGAUGACCCUCCUUCAGCUAAGGCAGCUAUUGAUUGGUUUGAUGGAAAAGAAUUCCAUGGCAACAUCAUUAAAGUGUCCUUUGCCACCAGAAGACCUGAAUUUAUGAGAGGAGGUGGAAGUGGUGGAGGGCGGCGAGGCCGUGGAGGAUAUAGAGGCCGUGGAGGUUUUCAGGGGAGAGGUGGAGACCCCAAAAGCGGGGACUGGGUUUGCCCUAAUCCGUCAUGUGGAAAUAUGAACUUCGCUCGAAGAAAUUCCUGCAAUCAAUGCAAUGAGCCCAGACCAGAGGACUCUCGUCCCUCAGGAGGAGAUUUCCGGGGGAGAGGCUACGGAGGAGAGAGGGGCUACAGAGGUCGUGGCGGCAGAGGUGGAGAUCGAGGCAGCUAUGGUGGAGACAGAAGUGGGGGUGGUUAUGGUGGGGACAGAAGUGGGGGUGGCUAUGGUGGGGACAGAGGAGGCGGCUAUGGCGGGGAUAGAGGUGGCGGCUAUGGCGGAGACCGAGGAGGCGGCUAUGGUGGAGACCGAGGUGGCGGCUAUGGCGGAGACCGUGGAGGCUAUGGCGGAGACCGAGGAGGCUAUGGAGGAGACCGAGGAGGCUAUGGAGGAGACCGAGGAGGCUAUGGCGGAGACCGAGGAGGCUAUGGAGGAGACCGAGGAGCCUAUGGAGGAGAUAGAGGAGGCUACGGAGGAGACAGAAGUGGGGGGGGUGGUUAUGGUGGAGACAGAAGUGGUGGCGGCUAUGGAGGAGACAGAAGUGGUGGCGGCUAUGGAGGAGACCGAGGUGGCGGCUAUGGAGGAGACCGAGGUGGCGGCUAUGGAGGCAAAAUGGGAGGAAGAAACGACUACAGAAAUGAUCAGCGCAACCGACCUUACUGAUGACUGUUUGGAAUGUUCCUUUGUCUCUGACAUGAUCCAUAGUGAAAUUGCCAGAGUUUUGCCUGCUGCUUUCCUCGUGGCCUCUUCUUGGGUAGUGAAAUUAAGUGACAUUUGGAUUUUUAUUUUGGGUGGGAGGGCUGGGACAGUUUUUCUUUUAGAAAU